AUGGAUGGGCCUAUGAAACAAACUUUAAGGAAAGUGUGCCCGACUAGAUGGUCGUCUCAAAUUCAAGCAGUAGAUUCUCUUCGCAGCCGCUACUUCAAUGUUAUGAAAAUUUUGACAUAUUUAUCGCUCAGUGGAAAAAAAGCUGAUGAAAAAGUGCGAGCUGCAGCACUGGCGAAAUAUUUUGGCGAGUUUAGUACAGUGAUUUUGAUCGUUCUGCAAAAUAAAAUCUUAGGAUCUGUUGAUGUCGUAUCGAAAUUGCUCCAAACAAAACAAGAAGACAUCCAAAAACUGGUCGAGAUGCUUUCGCCAUUGAUUGAAGAAUUCUCCAGCUUGAGAAAUAAUUGGCACAUAGUGAAGGAUGAUUCGGUGAAGCUAGCUGAAGACUGGAAGAUUAUUCCAAGCUUUCCAGAAAAACGAGUUCGUCGUACGCGCAGGAUAUUCGACGAACUCCAAUCAGAUGAACGCUUAGAAGAUCCCGAAAAACGAUUUCAAUGUGAAGUGUUCAAUUACAAUUUGGACAUUGUGAUUUCGCAAUUGCGAAUACGCUUCAAGGCCCUGCAUGAAAUAUCUGGGAUCUUUGGUUGCUUGUACCCGCCUGUUCUUCUACGAUCGUCGGACCAAGAUGUUAUAAACAAAGUUGCUGUACUCGUUAAGGCAUAUCCGGAAAAUAUCUCAUCGAAUAUCGGACCUCAAUCGCAGCAGUUGAAAAUGUGUUUCUCUGAUUCACUGUCCAAGAUUACAACAGUGCGAGAAGUCGCGGAAUUGCUUUUGAUUAAGACUCAAGCUUCAAGUAGUUUUCCUGACGUUAACGCAGCAUGUUUUAUAUUUCUAACUCUACCAGUUACGGUUGCAUCGGCUGAAAGGAGUUUUUCGAAACUGAAUUUGAUUGAAACUUACUUUCGAAAUUCAAUAUCACAGAACCGAUUAAGCUCACUUGCAAUAAUCUCUAUCGAGCGACAAAGAGCAAAACAACUCGAUUUGAACGAUUUGGUCAACCAAUUCGCGACAAUCAAAGCUAGAAAAUGUAAGCUUUAA